UUGACGAGUGAGCCACCGGUCAUCAUGGGCAACAUCUUUGGAAACCUGUUAAAGAGCCUGAUAGGCAAAAAAGAGAUGAGGAUCCUCAUGGUGGGGCUCGACGCUGCUGGGAAAACCACCAUUCUUUACAAGCUGAAGCUGGGCGAGAUUGUCACUACCAUCCCCACAAUUGGUUUCAAUGUUGAGACGGUGGAGUACAAGAACAUCAGCUUCACUGUGUGGGAUGUGGGCGGCCAGGACAAAAUUCGUCCCUUGUGGAGACACUACUUCCAAAACACUCAGGGUUUGAUUUUUGUGGUGGACAGCAACGACCGUGAACGUGUGAACGAAGCCCGAGAGGAACUCAUGAGGAUGCUGGCUGAGGACGAGCUGCGGGAUGCCGUUCUUCUCGUCUUUGCCAACAAGCAGGACCUGCCCAACGCCAUGAACGCAGCAGAGAUCACCGACAAACUGGGCCUGCACUCCCUGCGCCACCGCCACUGGUACAUUCAGGCCACCUGCGCCACCAGCGGCGACGGCCUCUAUGAGGGCUUGGACUGGCUGGCCAAUCAGCUGAAGAACAAAAAGUGAAGGGCGGGGCUUAGAGAGCGGGGAAAAGUCUGGUUGCCAGCUCCAAGUAUGUGGAUUCUUUCAUGGAGAGGCGGUGCUGAAAAGCUCCUUGCAGGUGACUCAACGUCCCCUAUCUUAUUCUUUUACUGGAUUAUUUAUUGAUUUGCUUGGAUCUGCAGUGAGAGUUUGGGAAUGUAACCUAAAUGUCUUGCAUUCUAUACACUGGAUACAUAAUUAUUGGGAUGAACAAUGUAAUUCUGCUGUAAAGUGACAUGUAUUAUCCCUCCUUUGCCGUGUCUAUAAUGCUUUCAGGGUCUAAAACGUGUGGUGGCGGGAUGAUAACUGUCCUUUCCUUUUCCAUGUAAAUAAGUGUCAUAAUAGUAUAGCCGCAGUAUCUUUGCUAUUUCAGAUUGUAAAAGGUCACAUAUUCAUUGUCAUUUGUCCAAACAAAUGUUAUAUAGUAGGGAAGGAAUUCCUACGGCCUCAUCCCUGGGUGGAUCUCGUGUGAGAGGAAGGUGGGGGGUUGCGAUCAUCAUUUUGCUAUUUAGUCUACAUAGCAACUGGCGCUCUGGUCAAAGUUGGAAUUGCCACAAAACACAUUUUAAGAUAUUUACCACUCUACUGCCGCCUGCCGGCUAAAGUGUGUAGUGCGCCCCUCCCCCCAAUUUGUCACGUUUCACGCGUCAGGUAAAUCGCGACAAAUGGGGCCAAAUGAAUCCCCUUCCUAUUGUACAAAAUAAUGUACAACAGAGUAAAGUGCAUAUUUUGCUUAAAGUAUCCAUUUAGAUUUUUUACAAAAAUAUUUAUGAUUGUAUUUAAUUUAUCCAUGUUCAUUUAUUCUGUUAAGUGCAACAUUUAUUUGCCGAUGGAGCCAAAUAAGCAAAGAGGCUUUCAAACUAACUGACAAUGCUUUUCAUCCUGUACACCAAGGCUGGCUUGCACUACUGCUGUAUAUAAGAUGUGUACUGCAGACUACAUCUUGCUAUUGGCCAACUUAGCCACUGGUGAGCAAGAGAAGGCUAUUUAGUUUCUAAUGUUCAACUCCAUGGUGCAUCAUAUCUGUCAAUGCAAUGGUUGCUACCAUGAUGCACAAUAUAACACAUUAUUGUUGUCCAACAGGUUAUUUUCUGAUGGAUGGAGUAAUUUGUGAACAAGAGCAUUUUUUUAAUGUUGAUGUUUUAACAAAAUGAGGCAAGCGAAUGCAUCAAAGGCAUGUUAAUAUUGUACAAGAUCUGUAAUAAAAUUAAUCCUAUAGCCUUGUUUUCUCAGACGUGUUAGUCUUGUGUCUUGCUGUUGGUUGAAAGCAAUGUUGUACUGACAUAUAUGAUAUGGGUGUAAUGUCAACUGCCUUCUAAUAUGCAAAUGCAUGCUUUUCUGUGUCAGCACACAUGUUUAUAUAUGAAAAGCAUAUUAUGGUAUUUGUGGUCAAUGUUAUAUUGAUGCCAGCAUAAUUACUGACAGCCGUGUGUGUGUGCGUGCGUGUGUGUAAGAUGCUAUCUAUUGAGUUAAGUUUCGUGCAAACAUUUGUUGUUGUGGCCUGAUGUUCCUUGUGGUUAAAUUCCACUUGACAUGCAGGUUUGUUCACAUAAAUAAAUUGUAAGUCUUAAAGUAUUUCCUCAACAACACACUUUGUUAGCAGACAUAUACAAUAGACAAGAAAGGAGGUCAAGGUAUUUAUUCAUUUUAAUUAAUGAUAAAAACAUUCGAUUUUUGUGUUUGAGUGACUUCAAUAUUUCUGCCUCCACAUGAUUAAUAAAGAAAUCAAACUUUUUUUUUUCUCUGA